CACAGUUCGCAGUGUAGUUUCUCUUUCUAGAAUGUUAGUGGUUCUAGCUUCGAGAGUAUAAACAUAACCUAAAAAAAUUGCUUCAUGGCGUCGUACGUAAGGAGCGGUGUUUAUGGUGAAUAAUUAUUUUAAUUUAACAAAAUGUCGGAGAAAACAAAAAGCAUUAGCCACGUAAAACAUAUUCCCAAAGAUGCUCAAGUGAUCAUGUCAAUCAUGAAGGACAUGGGAAUAACGGAUUACGAACCUAAGGUGAUCAAUCAGCUAUUGGAAUUCACAUAUCGAUAUGUCACAUGCAUAUUGGACGACAGCAAAGUAUAUGCCAACCAUGCUAAGAAGAAAUUUAUCGACCUGGACGACGUCAGACUCGCAGUAAAAAUGCAGUUGGAGCGUUCGUUCACGAAUCCACCGCCCAGAGAUGUUCUGUUGGAUGUGGCGCGAACCAAGAACAACAUUCCAUUACCAUUUGUCAAGCCAAGCAAUGGCCUCAGAUUACCUCCAGAUCGAUAUUGCUUAAACGCAACGAAUUACAAACUUAAAAAUGCGAUGAAGAAGGUUGUUCAGAAACCUGCACAUUCUUUGGGGGGCAAUAAUCAGUCAGGUGGCCAGUCGAGAUCAAAGGUAGAGGGAAAUAAGACUGGUAUGUCGAUCGUUAAGAGGCCUGGCACACUCGCCACUGUUGCCAGAACACAAACCAUUUCUAUACCAAAACCUGUUUUGAAGUUUUCUACAGCAGCAACAAGCAAUAGCACUACAACAAUAAAAACACAAGUAGCGAAGCCGAAAAUACAGAUCACUUCCACUCAAGCAAUGCCGGCUGUAAAAAUGGAGACCGACGAGUCAUUGAAGAGAAAGCGAGAGGAAGAAGAUUACGAUGUAUCAUAAGAGAGAUUUUGUGAAUGUUUUUUCACUUAAUUAUUAAUAUUCUCAAAAUCUGUAAUAAUAAUCCGUUUUUUGUUAUAAUAAUACGAAGAAAAUAUACAAAGCUAUAUAAUAAAAUACAAGAUUAUAUAAGA